AUCGCAUUAUAUUUCAAAUAAACCUCAGACCUGAAUUUUCUAGCAAAAAAAAUGCCUUCAUUGAGCUUUUACAGUGCGCGCAGUUUGCUCUCUGACUCUCAGGCUUGAGUGUAAGGUGAGACGAUGAGCAGGUGUCUGCUGGGGACAGGUGACCGGAGGGAGGUGGAGAUGGAGAGAACUGCACAGUGGGAGAACUCAGAGCUGGAGCACGAGAAAAGAACCGGACGGCAAUGAACGACAAACAGCAGCACUUCCCUGUGCACGCGCAGGUGAACGAGUCCAAAUACUCCGGCGUGCACGUGAGCCCAGAGGCCAUGCGGCGCGUGUGUCUGCCUGCACCGCAGUUACAGGCCAACAUAUUCUGCGCAUUUGAUGAGAACCUUUUGGCGCGCGCAGAAGCUCUGGCAGCCGCUGAACUCGCCAAGCCUCACGCGACACCGUACCACGCCAUGAACGGCGGCGUGUGCGCCACGUCCACUUCCUCCACGUCUAUAUCUUCCACUUCUUCCCAUCAUCAUCAUCACCAUCAUCAUCAUCACCACCUGACCCAGGCGCUGGAGAGCGAGCUCCUCGAGCAACUGUCGUCUGCGCUAGCCGUUGGCGGCUUGGCACCGGAUCCGUCGGCUUUGGCCACGCAAGCGCACCAGCAUCACCUCCCGGCGGUCGCUUGCCACCUGCACCAGACCGCAGGCCACGCAGGUCUCCCGCACGCGCACCCUCACUCCCAUCUUCAAUUGCUUCCAGGCGGUGAUGGAGAGUCGGAUCCGCGUGAGCUCGAGGCUUUCGCAGAGCGCUUCAAACAGCGGCGCAUCAAACUCGGCGUGACGCAGGCAGACGUGGGUUCGGCGUUAGCCAACCUCAAAAUCCCCGGAGUGGGCUCUCUCAGCCAGAGCACGAUCUGCCGUUUCGAGUCUCUUACGCUCUCACACAACAACAUGAUUGCACUGCGGCCGGUGUUGCAGACGUGGCUGGACGAGGCCGAGGCGGCGCACCGCGACACGAGCGCGCGCACAGACCUGCUGCUUAACAAUAACGGAGAUCGCAAACGAAAGCGCACAUCCAUCGCAGCGCCGGAGAAGCGCUCACUCGAGGCUUAUUUUGCAAUCCAGCCUCGGCCUUCUUCAGAGAAAAUCGCUGCCAUCGCCGAGAAGCUGGACCUGAAGAAGAACGUGGUACGAGUUUGGUUCUGUAACCAAAGACAGAAACAGAAGAGGAUGAAAUACUCCGCGGCGCACUGACUGAUCAACUCUUAUGUUCAGGAGCUACUAAACACUUUAAAGCGCGUGACAGGGAUCUACAGGUUCUUCUGAGCAGGACCUGAAAUACAGAAAGAGUCCUUUUUUAUUUUCUCGUUCUAUAAUAUAUAUUUUGCACAAUAAUGUCACAGGUCACUUCAUGCAGCUCUGCAUGUCACUUUUUCUGGUCUUAAAACAACACGAUGCCAGUUUUACUGCGCUUUUCAUUUUAAUGAAGCCUCAAAGGCGAAAUGAGCUUUAGGAAUUAUUUCAGUAUUAUCGUACAUUAUGUCUUGAAGUGUGUGUAGUUAUUAACUGUUAAUGCACAUGUACGUGAGCCGAUAGUGAAACGCCACAAACAUUCUCAAAAAUAUCUUUAUAUGUUGUUUAGAUAUCAGAUGAAAUACAUUUCCU